AUGUCACAGCAGGAGGGAGACCGGGCGCAGAUCCCGGAGCCCCCGGAGAUAACUGCGGAGGACGGCGCUGCAGGGAACAUGACCAGUGAGUCGUGUUUGGACCUAGACCACAGCAGCGUCCACGAAGUGGUCCGGUUCGGGCCCUCGGCGCUCCCCGAGAGACAGUACGACCCGGACACCACAGAGCCGGUGAUCUCGGGCCUGACGUCUUUGGAGGAACUUCUGUCCUGGAAGAGGAGCGAGGCCCACCCCUUCAACGUGUCCACUGUCCCCCGGUUGCCCAGAGACCCGCCCCUGUCCCAGACCCCCCACAGGACCCUGGUGUCACAUGACAUGAUGGGCGGGUACCUGGACGACAGAUUUCUACAGGGCACAGAUUCAGCUCAGCCGUACUCCUUUUACCACUGGCCUCUCAUCGACAUCUUCAACUACUUCAGCCACAGCAUGGUGACCAUCCCUCCAGCCGGCUGGACCGAGGCCGCGCACCGCCACGGGGUCCUGGUCCUGGGGACCUUCAUCACAGAGUGGACCGAUGGGGGAGCAGCCUGUGAGAGUUUCCUGCAGGAGGAGGAGUCGUACCGAGCGGUGGCAGAUAAACUGGUGCAGAUCUGUGUCUGUUACGGCUUCGACGGAUGGUUGGUCAACAUCGAGAACGAGCUCAGUGCCUCUGCGGUGAAGAACAUGCCCCUGUUCCUUCAGUACCUCACGGAGCAGAUCCAUGAGAGGGCAUCGGGGGGGCUGGUCCUCUGGUACGACAGCGUGGUGCAUUCUGGGAAACUCAUGUGGCAGAACGAGCUCAACCAGAACAACAGACUGUUCUUUGAUGCAUGCGACGGCUUCUUCACCAACUACAACUGGACGGAGCGGAGUCUGGAGUGGAUGAGCGGCUACAGCGCGGUGCAGGCCCGACAGUCAGACGUCUACAUCGGGGUGGACGUGUUCGCCCGAGGAGAGGUGGUGGGCGGCAUGUACGACACACACAAGGCUUUGGAGAUGAUCCGGAAGCACCACUUCUCGGUGGCCAUCUUUGCCCCUGGCUGGGUGUACGAGACUCAGGAGAAGGCAGAGUUCCGACACAAUCAGGACAAGUUCUGGGCUCUGCUCUCGGACCACCUGCCCCCCCACAGACACACCUGCUCACUGCCCUUCACCUCUACCUUCUGCCAGGGCUUUGGGAAGAGCCUCUACUGGAGAGGAGAGAUGGAGCGGGACAGGCCCUGGUUCCACCUCAGUGCCCAGCAGACGCAGCCCGCCUUCUGCAGCUCCAAAGUGGGCCGGGCCUGGCUCAAGACCCGGGCGUGUCCGGACCAGGUGUGGAGCGGGGGGUCGUCCCUGCUCCUGGAGGGCCUCAUCCCCUCAGAGCAGACGGAAGCAGCACAUGCACGAGUCCUGUCUCUCCACAUGGCCCUGGCCUCCUCCACACUGGUCUGCCUGGUCUACAAGGCCUCACCUGGUGUCUCUGUGUCUCUGGAGCAGAUCGUCCAUGAUCCAAACCAGGACACAUUCAGGACCCUGUCUCCUUUGGCCCUGGGACCAGAACAUCCUCUGGUGUCUCACUUCUUAAAGCUGAGUGGACUUCACCAUCAGAAGGACUGGGCCGUCAUGUGCUCUCUGCUGGAGGUUGAGGGUUGUUUUCUCAGAGAGCUCUGUGUGAAUAUCUGCAGAGAAGGAGAAGCUCAGGACACUGCCUUCUCCUGUAGACUGGGACAGAUCACGCUCCUGGACUCCUGGAGUUUGAUGGGGCCCCCAGAGCAGGUGGUGGGGCCCUCAGAGCGGGUCCGGGGCCUCUGCAUCUAUGACGUGGUGUGGUUGCCAGGUUCCUCUGCGGUCUCCCAUCCUCCUGAGCCUCCCGUGCUCCUGCUGAACGCCACUCUGCGCUGGAACUUCCCGUCAGACCUGGCCUCUCACUACAGGGUGCACUGGCGCAGGCUCAGGGGCCCGGACCCCAGGAUCCCCAUGGGGCCCCUGGUCCUGGUGCAGAGGGCUUAUGGAGAGCUGUUCAGAGUCACUGAGCUGCAGGUGGCGCCUCCUCCUGCUCUGAUGGAGCUGCUGGUGGAACCGGUCCUGAGGAGCGGCUGCCAGAUCCCUGAGGGCCACUGGGGCCGCGCCCGCCUCAGCUACUCCAGGGACCAGGAGGAGUGA